AUGACAGACCCUUUAAGUGUUGCGGCUAGCAUUACUGCUCUUCUUGGCUUGACUACGUCGUUGGUGAAAUACAUCAAUGAUACAUUAAAUGCAUCGGACGAUAAAAAAAAGUUAUCAGCCGAGAUACGCGAUACCACCGUUGUCCUUGCAACGCUGCAAGAGCUAGUUCAACCUCAUACCCAAGAAGAUCUGCUACCCGCGGCUGGGAGCCUUGAAGGUCUCGCCAGAAUCAUGGCUGGCCUUGAAAAGACGCUAGUGCCUCUGAAGGCAAGGUUGAAUAGUGAUGGGAGGUCGAAACUGAAAGGGGGUUUAGCUUGGCCCUUUCACGAAAAGGAAGUGCGCGAGACCCUUGCGGCAGUUGAGCGACAUAAGAUGUCGCUUAGCCUUACAUUACAAGAUAUUCAAUUGAGGAUGUCUCAAGCAAUCACGGAGAGAAUCAAGAGUUUGCAGAUCGGUAUUGAUCAUUUAGCUAUUGCAAAAACCGAAUUACAAUUCGAUGAAGCCUUGCAGUUGCUUUCCGCACCUGACCCGUCGACUAAUCAUAGAACGGCAUGUGAACUAUAUGAGCCGAAUACCUGCUCGUGGCUCGUAGACUCAGAACGCUUCAACCGCUGGCUCAACUCGCCUUCUAUUCUUCUACUAUCUGGAAUCCCCGGGUGCGGUAAAACUGUCCUCUGUUCUGCAGCAAUCGAACGCGUCAGGUCCCACGUGAUCGGAAAAUCGGGUGUUGGGCUUGCGUAUUUUUAUUUUGAUUUUCACGAGGAGCACAAGCAAAGCGUGGAAGGACUUCUACUUUCGAUCAUCGUUCAGUUGGUGUAUCAACAAGAGAAGCUGCCUGUUCAGUUCAGGUCGCUUUGUGACGAUUUCAAAGAGCACCGGGGCAGGUUGCGUGGAGAGAAAUUGUUGAAAGUUUUUCAUGCAACUACUGAAAAAUUUCGCCGAGUGUAUCUAAUCCUGGAUGCAUUAGACGAAUGUGGCGAACGGCAAGGGAUUAUGAACUUGAUUUCUAAUCUUGUUCGCUCUCACGCAGGAUAUAGUAUAUUGGCCACAAGUCGUGACACUACGGAGAUCAGUCGUUCCGCUUUAGGACAAGUUUCAAAGAAUGUGAUCUACAUGUCACUCGAUGAUGUGAAUAUGGACAUUCGGACCUAUGUGGUCAACUCUCUAUCGAGGGAUCCCAAGUUGCGAGAGCGGCCAAACCAUGUCAAAGCAGAAAUAGAGGCCGCAUUGACUUCGGGUUCUCAUGGAAUUGUGCGACCUCUCCGAUUAGCUGAAAUUGCAGAGACACUAAUUAUCAAGCCUGGUGUCAUAGCUCUGUCUGAGGAAGACAGGCUGUUUUCUGAAUUGGAUAUUCUUACUAUUUGCUCGAGUCUUAUUCGGAUAUCUAACGGUGAUGAAGUGCGGCUUGCACACUACUCUGUUAAAGAGUAUUUGAUGUCUAGUCAGCUCAAAUCAACGGCUUUAUCCUCCUUCCAUAUUGUGGAGCUACCGGCAAAUCAAUACCUGGCUCAUGCAUGCGUCACUUAUCUACUCCUGUUGAAUCAGCCUGAAUGUCUUUCGCUGAAAUCAUUUACGAAGCUCCCCCUUCUCAGCUACGCUGCGACACAUUGGCAAGACCACGCAAAUAUUGCUUUCCAGGCAGGCUACCGGGAAGAAUCAACUAAAAAUUUCCUUUGUGACAUCUUGCGGCUCAUGGACCAGAGUCAAGGCGCGGCUUAUCUUAACUGGCUCCGCGUCUACGAUCCGGAUGACUGGAAUCGGCGCGAUCUAUCAAAAAGAGAGCAAGAUGUCCCCAAGAGCCUCUAUUACGCGUCUCUCCUUGGUCUAUACAUUGUCACAGAAGCACUCAUAAACCGAGGAGUUGAUGUUAAUGCACGAGGUGGACUCUUUGGCAACGCGCUCCAGGCAGCCGCGUUCCAAAAUCACCACCAAAUUGUCUGUUUACUCUUACAGAACGGCGCUGAGAUUAAGCUCAAUGAGGGCCUUCAUUAUUCGGCCCUGAAUGCAGCCGCCGUGAACGGAGGUGAAGCUAGCUUCCGUAUUCUGCUGGAUUUAGGCUUCGCAGGAAGAUGCAAUGACUCUAAGAUUGUUGGCAGUAGCCUGGUUGCGGCGGCCGCCUCGGGGAACGUGGAAAUUGUGACGUUACUUUUAGACCAUGGCGCAGACGUCAAUUUCCGAGGAAAUGAUUCAGUGGCCCUCAACAGCAUCCUUGCUGACAGUUCAAUCGCUGCUGCCUCAUUUCAAGGCCACAAGGACGUUGUACAGCUAUUGAUAGCUCGGGGGGCGGAUGUCAAUGCGAAAGGGGGCCGCUACGGCAAUCCAUUGCAAACUGCAUCACGGGCAGGUUUUGAUUCCAUUGUGGAGCUUUUGAUAGAUUAUGGUGCUGAUGUUAACGCCCAAGGGGGAGUUUAUAAAACAGCGCUCCAAGCUGCCUCGGCCGGCGGCCAUCAAAGCACAGUCAGACUGCUCCUGGAGAGAGAAGCGAAUGACACGCGCUAA